GUCGGCCCCCCGAAAGUGACAGUGCGCAGUGAUAUUCAUUCCUGCAAUAGCUAUUACUGUGCGACAAUGAAUUUCCUCGUCACGAUCCGCUACUUGCUCAUCAAGAUGUCGUGAAUACACCACUGGCACGCGCAUCUUGGCGCAUUAAUGUCUGGGAUUCUCGUUCAUUGCUCUGGAUUCUGCUCUGGCCUUUCAGAUUUUGCACAACGAUCUCCGUCCCAGUCACCAUCCCAUUUUCAUUCAUGUCGAUUGUUCCGAGUCGUUGGUUCUGUGUAGGCAAUUCUGCCUCUUCCUGCAUCAUAUUAUUCCUGACAGUUUAUGCGCACCUCAGGACGACGAGCUCUGCCGAUUGUAGUGCCCGAAGGAUCUCGCAUCUACAUGCAUUGUGUAUUUCAGCUGUUAUCUUUUGCACUUGCCUCAUUGCGGAGCCUGGGGCCUCUCUGCAAUAUCUAUUUGGUGAAUUGGUUCUGGGGUUGGACUUCGUUACUUUCUCUCCUGCGACGAGGACCAACUCAAAUGUCUGUCUGGGUAACGUUCAUAUCCUUUGUUCAUGUUACUUUGUCUAUGGUACUAUAAAUAUUAUGAUUUCGUACGGCGUGCUGUAAAUACUCAAGCAACAUAUGAAUGGACAACGGU